AUGAUGGGCAAGGAGUACCAAGCUCGGACAAUGACAAUGGCGGAUAUCAAGGCUUCAAUUCCGUCUAGACCUGUCAUAGGCCAUGCGAUUGGUACGAGCGACGGCUCCGGUUUAGGCUGGAUCCAGCCAGGCGAUCCCCGCUCGGAGCUCGUUCUCGCUCUUAUCAAAGAGGAGAAAGGGAAUAGUCUGCUUUUCCAUGGGAUACCAGACCAUGACGACCUCAUGGCAUGCCCGGAUGCAACUCAAGCCGCAUCAAUUAGCCCGCUUGCUCAACUUCAGGCGGGAAACUAUCACAUACCGACAUUCCUAAUCAUCGGCGACCAGGACGAGAUUGUGCCUUUCAAUUCCGCCGUACGCUUUGCAGAUGCGUUGCAGGAAUCUGGAGUCAAAAGUGGAUUCCUCCCAGUGCUAGGCGCUAGGCAUGUCCAUGAUGUUGGGGUGACACCUGGGACAAAGGCAUGGGAGCUUGGGGUGGGUCCCGGAUACGAGUUUCUAAUUCAACAGCUAGAGGCAUGUUGA